AUGGUUAUGAUGCACGAUGAAUAUAUUUCACCCACAAAACUACAAUUUGGUUUUAUGAUUGCAGUUGCAUUUCUAGGUACUAUAGGUGUAAUGGGAUUUUGUCAAAAUGUAUUUGAUAUUUUAUUAGGUGUUAUAAGUAUUCUCUCAAUUUAUAUUGGUAUGAGAGGUGUUUGGAAAAGAAAGAAAAGAUGGUUAUUUGUUUUUAUGUGGCUUAUGAUGGGUAUGGGAUUUUUACAUUUAGUAUCAUUUGCAGUUGUAGUUAUUCUUCAUCAUAAAAACCCAACUAAAAAUACUGUUUUUGGAUUCGUACCAGAUAUUGUAAUUGAUAUUUUUAGAGCAGUAUAUUGUUUUGGUUUAUCAUUUUUCACAGGUUUUAUUAGAAAUACAGUAGAAUAUAGAAGACCAACCACUCAAAUGAAUCGUAUUUAA